ACUUAAAUAUCAGACCUCAAAAAAUUCAAAUAUUGCUGGCAAAUUGAUAAGUCUAAAACAGAGCUCCAGUUACUCCCUUGUACAAAACUAUUAGCUUUUCGGUAAACAAUCUAGCUUUGUUCUUAGGAAUUUAAAAUUGAUCAUAUCAUCCAGUAGACCACAUGAACCAUAAAUGGCUUUAAGCUCCAAAAUACUAUAUUAUAUAGUUUUUAUUGACCCCUAUGUCAAUACUAAACUGGUUAGCUGGCAAGUUCAUAAUCACCAGAUGUAAUAUUCACAAUUCAGGAUACUGGUAGGUUGAAUAGUCAGUCAAGAUUUAUAUAAAUAUUUCCUAUUGUCAUAGUAAAAGAGAAUACAAAAUUGAAAAAAAAUCUAUUGUAAGUACUGAGCAUUGGUAAAUUUCUGUUACGUACAACAGUAUGUAGUUAUACUAUAGUUGGUACUUAAUCUAUUUGAAUCCUUCAUUGAAAAUGAAAAUUCAGAAGACAAUGCAAUACCCAAAAUAACCAUAUUUACUAGUAACAAAGUAGAAUUGCUAUAUAAUAUAUAAUCACUGGCUUCCACCUUCUAUUCAAAGCUGUCUCUAUUAACAAAUCUUACAUUCAUAUGUAUUACAAAGCAUUCAAAAGGAUGAGAUCGUACAACCAAAAUGAUAAAUACCAAUCAAGUGAGGGCAAAUAGAAAAGAGGGCCAAAACAUAGCCACACCUGACAGCAUCCAGUGUCAUCUGUCAAGGCACUAUGACAAGGAUUAUGCUAUUUACAGUCAGUGGUGCCUUGUAGAGAGAUGAAAACAUCAAAUCUGAAAUCAAGUAACACGUUGCUCGAUGACAACAGGGUCUCUAUGAAGUCAAGAUGCAAUGGUUCUACCAAAGCAGAAUCUACUUGCUUUCUUCUCCAUUGUUGAGAAAGUUGUUAUUGAGAAGAUGAUCACUUUUUAGCUGUGGGGAUAAGUCCCUCUGGUUGGGUAGAUCUGGGGUUGUGAAGUCUGAGGCAAAUCAUUAAUGUUACUGUAAUGGCACCCAAUUGCAAAGGAGUCUUUUGCCACCUUGAACAUUUUAAUCAAAAUGUUUCUCCAAAAUGUAGCCCAGUUCCAGAUGGUUUCCUUGCACACAAAAAAUGCAGCUCCCAUCCCAUCCUAUGGAAAGCAGAGGCUGCAUGUGUGUUCAGGACAUUCCUGGGGCAUGGUGGCUAAACAGAUCUAGGGGAAGAAUCCUAGUGUGGGCAUUCUGGAGUGUGUCCCAUCAGGAUCCAUUCAACUGGAUUCCCCAGUUGCUUUUUUCCUGGACAACCUUGCCCAAGGACAAAGCUCAUCCAUCCUAGUCUGCUAGCACCUAAUAAAAUGGUAGCAGGGUGACAUUAAGCAUGGACCUAAGACUCCUUCGUCCAGUGGACUCCCCUCAUCCUCUGCACAGGCUCCAAAUCCUAAUGGGUUUCCCAAACAUUUCAGAUUAGAGGCAAAGCAGAGGUGGAACACAAGGUACCCAGCAAGUUUCCUCUUCUGAGAAAUUUCUCUGAACGACACCUCACCUCUGUUGCAAAUAAAAGUGGGUGUGAGGUGGGAAGAAGGGGGUAAAUGCCUUUCAGAGCAAGUUGGUGAGCCUUCCAUGCUCCAAGAAAGGAGCAAAGUGGAGCAAAGACUCUGUUCCAUAUUUCACUCUCCAUAAAGACAUUGUUUCAUGAAGUUGACUACCUGUCUGUAUCUACUGGAGGAGGGUCUUGAAGCCAGUCAUGGGCAGCUGCAUUGAUGGGAUGGUUGAAAGAAGCCAUGAGGAACCCUUCAUUUUCCUGGUGGUGGCCGUUCAUGGGGUGGGACUUGGAGGAAGUCAGCAGCCAGUGGAGCAGAAGAAAAGGGGAGAGGGGGUUUGAAGGGUGCCAUUGCCUCCUGAUCGUUCCCUACGGGUGACCGUUGGGGGUUAUCAGGAAGCACCUACCACCUCCACGUCCUUGACGGCAGUCCUUGGGUGGAUGGGCUUUGAAGUAAGCCCUGGCCACCUGGGGUUCCUUCACCGUGGCCAUCCUGUCCCUGAGGGAGAUGGCAGGCACCCCCUCCCCCAGAAAUCCCUGACACUCACCUACCACCCUGGAAGCCCCACAGUCUGCCUUGCCCUGGGGCUGGAGGCCAGCCUGUCUCCCGCCUCGCUCCCCUGCCCCGGCUGUGCCGGCGUGGUGCCACCACAGGUCCGGGCUCCCCCCUUCUUGGCCGUGGAAAGAGUUUGAAGCGCACCCGGCUGUCCGGGGAGGCGGCACGUCGGAGGGCCCGGGGACUUUCCCUGCAGUGUGGCGGGGACAACCCCCCUCGCCGUCCCCGAGCCUGGAGCGGGAGCGGGAGCGGGGACGGGGCGGAGAGAAGCCACAGCGCGCAGCGCCCUGCUCCACAGCGGGUUACGCCAGCCAGCCCCGCCGCGCGCCCGCCCGCCCGCCCGCCUGCCUCCCUCUCUCGCCGUCUCUCCUCGCCUCUGAUUCUGCGCACAGCCGGCCCCAGCGCCUGUCAUUCUGCACAGCACAGUUUACUCCACGGCGAGCGGGGGAGACAGAGGGAGAGGUGGCGCGGAGGCAGCCGAGAAGCCAAGUCCCGCAGCCCAGCAUGGCUUCGGGGGACCUUUACGAGGUUGAGAGGAUCGUUGACAAAAGGAAGAACAAAAAGGGCAAAUGGGAAUAUCUUAUCAGAUGGAAAGGCUAUGGAAGCAAUGAGGACACUUGGGAACCUGAGCAUCACCUAUUGCAUUGCGAGGAAUUUAUUGAUGAGUUCAAUGGACUACAUGUCACUAGAGAAAAACGAGCAAAACAUGGGAAACAGACCAGUGCGCCAAAAUUUUUACGAGAAAGCCGAGGGUCAUCCAUUGAGAAAAUAUCACACAGACCUUCUGAAUCUGGGAAGGCCAAAGGGUCAACACAUAAAAGAAAGCGAAUUAACCCAUCUCUUCAAAAACAGAAAAGAGGGUACACGGCAAAGCCAGCACAUGCUGGCGACAGGGCCACUAAAACCGUGACUUACCGAACUACGCCCAGUGGUUUACAGAUCAUGCCAUUGAAAAAGCCUCACAAUGGCCUACAGAAUGGAGAUUCCGGUCACGAGAAAGAUUCUAGACAUUUUGGGAAUGGCUCACAACAGCAAAACAUGGAUUUAAAUGGCCACAAAGGAGAACAUGAUUUGCCCAGCAUGUUGGAAGUUAAUAAUGAUGUGCCUGUUGUGAAUGGAAUUGGUUCCUCUCUGGCCAACGGAGGCCUGAAUCUGCACAGCACUGUGAAAAGGAAACUGGACGGGGAGAAAGAUUACGUCUUUGAUAAGAGACUAAGGUACAGCGUGCGUCAAAAUGAAAGUAACUGUCGGUUCAGAGACAUUGUGGUCCGGAAAGAAGAUGGAUUCACACACAUUCUGCUCUCCAGCCAGACUUCAGAUAACAAUGCACUGACCCCAGAGUUAAGAUCCAGUGCGGAAUGUUCUCUCAGUCUUCCAUAUUGGGAGACACACACACACAUCAUGAAGGAAGUUCGGAGAGCAUUGUGCAAUGCAUCAGCUGAUGACAGUAAACUCUUACUGCUCAGCGCAGUGGGAAGUGUAUUCUGUAGUGGCCUAGAUUACUCCUAUUUAAUUGGCAGGUUAUCCAAUGACAGAAGAAAAGAAAGCACUAGGAUUGCAGAAGCUAUAAGGGAUUUUGUAAAAGCUUUUAUUCAAUUUAAGAAGCCAAUUGUAGUUGCUAUCAAUGGCCCAGCUCUUGGGUUGGGAGCUUCUAUCUUACCACUGUGUGAUAUCGUUUGGGCAAGCGAGAAGGCUUGGUUUCAGACCCCAUAUGCGACGAUCCGACUCACUCCAGCUGGCUGCUCGUCAUAUACAUUCCCACAAAUACUUGGUGUUGCUCUGGCAAAUGAAAUGUUGUUCUGCGGGAGAAAGCUAACGGCACAGGAAGCCUGCAGCAGAGGACUUGUGUCACAAGUAUUUUGGCCAACAACAUUCAGUCAAGAAGUGAUGCUGCGAGUAAAGGAAAUGGCAUCUUGCAGUGCAGUGGUAUUAGAAGAGUCUAAAUGCCUGGUGCGGAGCUUCCUGAAAUCUGGACUUGAAGAUGUGAAUGAAAAAGAGUGUCAGAUGUUAAAACAACUGUGGAGUUCUUCCAAAGGACUGGAUUCAUUAUUCAGCUACUUGCAAGACAAAAUUUAUGAAGUCUGAAGUCACAGUUUCACUUCAAGAAAAAACAUUCCAAGUGUAAACAGAGUUCAAACAUUACUUGUGUUUGAAAAGCAGAGGGAACGCAUCCUUGAGAUGAAUUUGUGACAGUGUAUCUUAAUACAGAUGGUUGUGUCAAUUUCCUUGUGAGCUAAAUUGAGAAGUUACACAGCUAUUUUGUGUAAUCAAGAUGGAGGCAGACUUGGUCAGUGCACAUAAAUUCUACUGAGUGCUACAUCAUUCACAUGCUCAUCCAGUAAGAAGUGUACAUUCCACGUGCUGAAAAGCACUACUAUGGCCCAGUAAGGCACACCAUCUGUAAUGAUUUAUUUUGUCUGUCCUUUUUUUAAACUUAUUCUUGCUUUGCAACAAAUGUCUGUGCUGACACUGAGGGCUCUAUCUGAAAAUCAGGUCACAGUAACACUCUGCAGACCGAGAUUACUAUACUUCAGAAAUAUUUUAAUUAUUUUUUUAAGUUCUAACAAUGUAAUGGAAAAACCUGAUAAUUUAUAUGUAUAAUAUGUAAAGUUAGUUUGGGGGGGGGGGGGGAAUACUAGGAUUUUUUUCUUUCAUUGAAUUUAUUUAACUUAUUUAUUGUUUUUGUAUGCAACUGUUUGUUGAUCAUACAGAUAUUAUUUUCAUACUUCCCUUGACUGGAUUAAUGGUUUCACAUGAGAAUGCAAGUGCCCCAGUGCAUUUUUAACAGUGAGCUGGAUAUACAAUAAAGAACAUACAGAAAUCACCAAAUGUCUGGGCACUAGACAGCCAUGUACGUGUUCCUUUAUGUGUGAAAUUGUACAAAGAUGUAUUUAAGUCGAGUUCCAGUUUGUUAAACUUAUUAAGGAAAAUCAGUGGAAGCUGCAAUUGUGAGUCCCACACAAGUCUCUCUUCACUUCCUGCCUUCUUGAGGAGCAUUGGAGGGCUUGCCAACAAAAUGCUUUAAGUUUACUAUUUUCCCAUUAGCUGGACAUUAAUAACAGGGUGUGUGGUGCCUUUAUGUGGCAUCAUAUUUUUCUUCAGGUUUAAACAUCUCCUUUUGGUCUGAAGUCUAGAAGCAAACCCUUGUGAGCCUCAGUCUAACUCCCUGAUUGCUCAAUUGUGGGAUAAUUAAUACUCUGGAGGCAUCUGGGUCUGAGAUAGGAGUUUUAUAAAACAGUGCUAGGUUUUGAAUUGGGUGGAGACAGAGUUUUUGUUUUGCUUUUCCAAUACUCCAUGGCUGGCCACCCCAUGAUCUAGUUAUGAAAAAUAAAGUAAUUAAAUAAAUAAAUAAAAGUCAAUGGCUAUCCAUAAAAACAGUCCAUAAGUGACCAAAAAAAUUCUAAUUUGCUGUGUUAAAAUGUGACCCUAAUAUUUUUCAGUGAUACUGACUUUUGAACCCUAGAUUCAAAAGUCUAGCAGGCAGUUAGGGAGGAAAUAAUAUGAACACAUUCAGUGAAUCGAACUGCCAUGUUAGUAUGUCCAAAUCAUAAUCUCUCAAAGCAGAAAAUUUGCACCUUUGUUUCUUUAGUGAUUUGUGCACUUGUUCUCCAUCCUUGAGCUCACUGACCAGAUUACAGUUUAAAAGAACCACAAAGUGAGCUGAGGGGUUUGUUGGUUUUUUCCUUACAAUCUUUCAAAAAAAAAAAAAAAAGUCUCAAUAAAGUCUGUCAGAUUGCAAACCGACAAUUCUAGUGAACAGUAGGUUUCCACAAAGUCCAUCCAUUUUUUCCUUUUUCACAGUUAAAUGUAAAUUACCUUCCAUUUACAUUCUAUGUAUGUUCCUAAGGCCAAAUUGUGCCAUUGAUUUUUUAUUAUUUUUUAUUUUUUUUUUAAGCAGAGCACUAUGUUGAAGUCAGAACUCCUUCCCUUGCCCCAAGUUCUGCUUAAAGUUUAAAAAAAAAAAGGCAGAAUCUGACCUGUAGUUAGAAUUUGUUUAAAUGUCUUCAAAAAUGCAACAUUGUACACGAUUAUGAAGUGACUUAUUUUUCAGUGGUCUAAAAGGGUAAUUCUUUCCGUAAAAAUACGAAAUGGUUGAUACAGCACUUGUUAUAUGUUAAGGGUUGCUUACUUCUUAGGCCCCCUAGCAAAAUUUAAAUACAUGUUCAGGUUACGCACAUGCUUAAAGGCUUUGCUGGAUCAGGGUCAUAGAACCCAAUCUCAUAAGCAUGCACACAAGUCGUUUACUUCAGUAGUCCCACUGACUUCAAUGGGAUUAGUCACGUCCAUAAGUAUUUGUACAAUCAGGCUUUCAGUAUGGGACUUUAGAAAAAUCAGGAAAAGUAUCAUGAUGCCCCAACUUCCAUUUUUUCUUAUACUGGUCCAGAGAGUUACAACUCCAAGCCAUGUAAAAUGUGUCAAUAAAAUACUAGAAAUUUUAUUUCAAUACUGUGCUUGUUAUAUGUUGCUAUAACUAGGAAAAUUGCUCUCAGCAGUAUGAAGAUGUGUUUUACCACAGAAGGUUUUAGAACAAAAAAGAAUCAUAAUGCAAUCAACUUUUAAAAUGCACCAUUUCAACUGCAUUUUCAAAUAUUCAAGUUAAUAUUUUGUUUGACAGAGGAAUGGUUGAAAUGUGUUUUUUCAUAAAAAGUGCUAAUCAUAUUUAAUGUUUAAUUAUUCAUGUCUAAACAGUUACAAUCUAGUUUCCAUAGAAUUUGUUUUUCUUUCAGAAAAAGGCUAAUAAUUUCAAAAUCUUCCUUUUCGAGUAUUUAAGGCUCAGAAUUGAUUUUCUCUUCUGUUUCGGUCUUUAUUUGCUAUUCAGAUACAUAGAUAUACUGUACAUAUUAGUCUGGGUACCUUUACUAAUAUUCACAGUAUUUAAAAAUAUAAAUGCAAUUUGUUGUUAAGUAUGUUAUUUUAUUCUUAUGUAAAUUGUUUUGUACAACCUUUAAAAAUCUGCAUUUUUGCAUUUGUAGAUAUUCAAGGUAAGCAAUUUAUUUUGUGUUGUCUUGCAUGUAUAUUUUUGCUGUAGAUAAAUGUUGUUUAGUUUACUACUUCAGUACAUUUCUGUUUAAAUGAAUAAGCUUACAAACUUUAAUACAGUAUAUAUUUUCAGAAUAUAAACUUUUAUAUUUCUGUGGUAGAUUAGGGUAUGCGUUUUAGGCAAUCUUUUUCACUACUAUUAACUCUUAUUUUAAUCUAUAGUAUACUGGUUUUGUGCCAAUAGUUUUUCACUAGAAUAAAAUGCUCUUUUAAUAUUAGGGAUAUACAGACAGGUUUGCUGGUGGUGGUGGGCAGGUCUUCUGUUUUGUUUUGUUUUUUGCCAGCCUUGAAGUAACUGAGUUUAAAGUGUAAUUUGUAAAUUUAUUGCAUUUGUGAAUAAGCCUUACCAUUAGGUACAACAAAUCUUAAAACUUCGCAACUGCAUAUGUAAUAUUAAGGACUUCCCCAAAUAAUCUAAAACAGUUGGCAAAAUCAGAGUACAGGGCCUUAAGUUUUUCUUGUGAGAAGGAUAAUACGGGUUGUUUUUUGUUUUUGUUUUUUUAAAAAACAUAGUUAGAGACUUGUCAGUUUGGGCUUUGUUCUAUAUAAACUGUGCAUAUUGUUCUCCCAACCACAGUAGUUAAUCUCAGGCUUUUUGUGGCUGGGUCUAUAAAAGUCAAAUCUGGCUGAAGCCAGCACUCUUUAGGAGGACACUAAAGAAGUUUACAUAAGAGACUUAUAGACAAUCUUAAUCAUAGUAUAUUUAAGUAUUCACUAUCCUGGAUGUGUUAUCUGUGUCUACCCAGUUAACCGUAUGUUUUAAGCCAUAUUAAAUCUCUUUACCACUACUUUAAAUACUACACUGAAAGUCAUUCCCUAACUUACCAACAGGUUGACAGGCUUGUGAUUUCUAGUGAAUAAAAAUAUGCCUUCCAUAAAAACAAAGGACCAAAGAAUUACAUUAUUCUAACAGAGCAUUAGUUACUUAGCAAGUGAACUAGUCUGACAUUUAUAGUGAUGAUCAAAUGGUCUCUUCCUGCUACAAACAUUUCAUUCUCAUUCAUUUUGAGCGCAAGGGGGAAACGUAUCCACUAGACUAUUGGAAAAUGAGCAAUGAUCUGCUAAGCUGGCACGUCUAUUGGUAAGGCUUAUUACCAAACCUCUGAGAUGAAGCAAAGAACCAAAAAUUCACAAAAUCUGUCUAUGUACAUUUAUUUGAUUUCAAACUUGUAACUUGCACAAAAAAUUAAAAAGGUAGAAGUUUGCAAAUUAGGCCCUUAAGUUAUUUUGUCAGAAUGUCAUGGAACAGACUAAAACCGUUUAUAAAAUUUGUAAUGAGUACAUAAUAUAAUAUUAUAAGGGUACAGGCACCCCUUUAUCACAGUGUUGUAAAUAUUUUCUGAAACUGGUAUAGUACGGAGGGACUUGUAUCUUGAUAUAUCAAAUAUUGACAGUCUACAUCAAAUUGUACACAAUAUAUUUGUUGAUGGUCCUGUAACUAGUGUAUGGACACAUUUCUGGGUGCCUUAGAAGUUGUAUUUUUCAUGUGUGUUAAUAUGCAGUAUUUAUACAUUGUGAGAAGCUGCUUUGAAUAAAAACAUUGAAACUUCA